CUUCGUUUGUUUUUGAAACAGACAACAUCGGUCGGUCCGUCAUGGCUCAGGAUCCGAAACCUCUCUAUUUUGCCGUGGGUCCUGGCCCCAACGAGAUAACCUGUCCCUAUUGCAGUACCAAGGCCAAGACCCGCGUGGUGCGUUCCUGGCUGCGUUGCUGCACGAAGAGACACCACUGUGGCGCCUGCGGGGAGUACCUGGGAGUAUACCGACGACCUCAGCUGUAGUUCAUCAUUGGAGAUGUCAUCCGAUCAAUUUAUCAUCACAAAGAAUUUGGCAAAAUUAAGUGUAUUUUUAUUAUUAUUUCUGAAAAAAAUAUGAAAAAUAAAAGUUAUAUUAGUUUUUAA